GCUGCGAGGAGGCGGCGGCGCUGGCCGGGCUGGCGGGCGGGCGCGGGACCCACCGGCGGGCGAGCCAGGGAGGCGGCGCUGGCAGCAGCGGUCGAGGCAGGGAGCCGGAGGCAGGCGGGCGGGCCAUGGAGCGGGGCGGCCGGAGGAGGCGACGCCGGGGCUGCUAGAGGCCCGCCGCCCCCCGCCGCCCCGUCAGGCCUCCGCGGGCGCUGCAGGCCGCGCCGGAUACAGAACUUUGUUCGAGGGGACAUCCUUUUGGAUUUUAUCCAUGUCCUGCUAACUACUACUUUCAGCUAUGGAGUCGACAGUUGAUGAUGAAGCAAUGGCAGCAUAAAUGAAGGCCAAGUAAGGAAGGCAGAACGAUGCCCAAGGGGGGGUGUUCUAAAACACCACAAUCUGAAGAUUUCUCUCUCAGCAACGACAUGGUGGAGAAACAAACUGGGAAAAAGGAUAAAGAUAAAGUUUCUCUGACCAAAACUCCAAAGUUGGACCGGAGUGAUGGCGGCAAAGAGGUGAAAGAGAGAGCUACAAAGCGGAAGUUGCCUUUCACUGUUGGAACCAAUGGAGAUCAGAAGGAUUCAGAUACAGAAAAACAGGGUCCUGAACGGAAAAGGAUUAAAAAGGAGCCUGCAGCUCGAAAGCCAAGCCUGCUCUUUGGGAUGGGUCUUUCAGGAAUCCGCGCGGGUUACCCGCUCUCCGAGCGCCAGCAGGUCGCCCUUCUUAUGCAGAUGACAGCAGAAGAGUCUGCAAACAGUCCUGCAGUAGAUACAACACCAAAGCAUCCCUCUCAGUCCACAGUUUGUCAGAAGGGAACUCCUAACUCUGCCUCCAAAACCAAAGAUAAAGUAAACAAGAGAAAUGAACGUGGAGAGACUCGGUUGCACCGGGCAGCAAUCCGAGGGGAUGCCCGACGCAUCAAGGAACUUAUUAUUGAGGGCGCAGACGUCAACGUGAAAGACUUUGCAGGCUGGACGGCUUUGCACGAGGCAUGCAACCGGGGUUAUUACGACGUUGCAAAACAGCUGCUUGCUGCAGGGGCCGAGGUGAACACCAAAGGCUUGGACGACGACACUCCACUGCACGAUGCUGCCAGCAAUGGGCACUACAAGGUGGUGAAAUUGUUGUUACAUUAUGGAGGAAAUCCUCAUCAACUUAACAGGAGAGGAGAGACGCCAUUAAAAGUAGCGAAUUCCCCCACCAUGGUGAACCUGCUGCUUGGGAAGGCCACAUAUCCUUCUAGUGAAGAGAGUUCCACAGAAAGCUCCGAAGAGGAGGACGCUCCGUCGUUUGCCCCGUCCAGUUCCAUUGACGGCAAUAACACAGACUCCGAGUUUGAGAAAGGUCUGAAACACAAGGCCAAGAAUCAGGAGCCACCCAAAACCAUCACGCCUGUUAAGGACGAGUAUGAAUUCGAUGAGGACGAUGAACAGGACAGGGUCCCGCCCGUUGAUGACAAACAUCUGCUGAAAAAGGAUUACCGGAAAGAGACUAAAACAAAUAGUUUUAUUUCCAUCCCCAAAAUGGAAGUAAAGCCCUAUACUAAAAAUAGCACAAUCACACCAAAGAAAGCAGCCCACCGGAUCCUUUCGGACACAUCUGACGAAGAAGAUACCAGCGUCAUGGCGGGGACCGGGGAGAAGCUGCGGCUGACGACUCACUCCAUCCUUCCCAGCAACAAGACUCGAGAACCAUCAAAUGCCAAGCAGCAGAAAGAGAAAAACAAAGUAAAGAAGAAACGCAAGAAGGAGGCAAAGGGCAAGGAAGUUCGGUUUGGCAAAAAAAACGACAAGUUCUGUUCUUCUGAGUCAGAGAGUGAAAACCUGGAGAGUGAGGAGGAUGACAGAGACUCUAUACAAAGUGCUGGCUGCGUAAAAGACUCUAGAUUGGUGUUAAAGGAAUCAUCCUUGUUUAAUUCCCUUUCUGCCUCCUCUGCCUCUUCCCACGGGAGUCUGGGGUCCCAAAAACAUAACCCUAACCUUACAGAACAGCACUCCAAGCACUGGAGGACAGACAAUUGGAAAACUGUCUCUUCUCCAGCCUGGUCAGACGUCAGUUCCUUAUCUGAUUCUACGAGGACAAGGCUGACCAGUGAGUCGGACUAUACGUCAGAGGAUUCAAGCUUGGAAUCGCUAAAGCCUGUGAGGAAGAAACAGGAGCACAAGAAGCGAGCCCAGCAUGGGGCAGCAGUGGUGGUGGAGAAAAAGAAUUCAUUCCAUGCCAAUGUUGACGGAGCUAUUCCAAAGCUGGACAAGGAAGGGAAAGUUGUAAAAAAACAUAAAACAAAACAUAAACACAAAAACAAAGAGAGGGGCCAGUGUCCUGCUGCCCAAGACAUUAAAAUAAUCAAAGCCUUUUCUUUUGAGUAUGAGGACUCUAAACAGAAACCAGAAAAGGCCUUGAUUGUAGAGACUGAAAGCUCUGUUGAAAGCAAACUCAAGGUGCUCAAACAUGAGCGGGAGCAGUUCAAGAAAGAAGAGAAAUUCCUCAGAACGAAAUCCGAGGAGAAAGAGUGGCUCUUUAAAGAUGAAGCGGGGAAAAAUUCCAAAGAGGAGAAGUCACUGAAAAAAGCUAAAGAGGCGAGUAAAGACAUCAGUAAAUCUUUCAGAGAGGAAAAGACCAGCAGACUGGAAAAAGAGAAAGCCAUAAAGGAGAAAUCACCUAAAGAGGAGAAGCCUCGAAUACACAAGGAGGACCGGAAGAGAAAGUCCAAGGACAAGCAAUCCAAGGCUGAAAAGAAAAAUGAAUUGAAAGAAGAAAAACUAGCAAAGUCAGAAAAAGAGAAAACCAUGAAAGAGGAAAAAGAGAAAUGUAGAAAAGAUAAAAGUUACCGAGAAGAGUCCAGCUUUGAAGACUUUAGUAAUAAAAACCAGUUUCAGGAAAGCGAGGACACAAAGUGUAGCCUCUCUGACGAUCAACAAGAUCGGUGGUUUUCAGAUUUAUCGUCCAAUUCUUCUUUUGAUUUCAAAGGAGAGGAUAGCUGGGAUUCACCUGUGACGGACUACAGGGAGAUUAAAAAUGACACUGUGGCAAAACUCAUCAUAGAAACAGUGAAGGAAGAGGUAAAAGAAAAGAAGCGGGAGAGUAAAGCAAAAGAUAAGAGGGAAUACAAUGAGAAGCGCAAUGAAAAAGACACUUUUCUAAAAAAGAAAGACCGAGAAUAUGUUGAGAAAAAUUCUGAGAAGAAAAAGGACCAACCCGAAAAGCAUAAAGGAAUUCCCAGUUAUCUGCCUGAAAAAGACAAGAAAAGGAAGGAUUCUGCCGAGAGCUUUAAAGAAAGGAGGGAAAAGGAUGCUGGUGAAAUUAACAAAGAAAGAAGAGACUUGUCCGAUGGCUGUAAAGAUAGGAAAGAUGUUAAAAUUAAACAAGAGGAUUCCUAUAGGGAUGAAUUCAAAGACUAUGGCUGUGAAGCAUUCUUCAAAGAAAAACCUGACCCUGAAUUUAGUGGGAAAACUGUGGAGACCUGGGAGAGGCAUCAUUCUGGAAAGGAGAAAAAAGACAUGCCCGAGAAGGACAAGAAAGAAAAAUUAAAAUCAGAAAAGUAUAAGGAAAAAUCCAAAGUAGAAGACAAAGAGAGAAAUGAGAAAACUCUGGUUGAAAAAAACCAGAAAGACAAAGAACUGGAGAAAGGCUUUAAAGAGAAGAAGGAUGCAAAGGAGAAAUACAAAGAUCCUCACAACAAAGAUAAAGAAAGAAAAGCCUCCUCUGACCAGGUUAAAGAUAAGAAGGAGAAGAACUUCUCUGGGGAUAGAGAGGACUUCCACGAGAGGAGGGAUGAGAAAAAAGGCCGAGAGAAGAGCUGGUACAGCAUCCUUGACAUCUUCACUGAUGAAAGUGAGGAUGAGAAGGACGACUUCAGCCCAGGUGGAUUCAAACUGGGAGAGAGCAUUGGGAGUGAAAUGCACCGGCUAGAGAGUCUACCAGACAAAGAUGACGGCACGGUGGCUGAGAGAGACCUUUAUCUUCCUGACAAGCACAGGAAAUAUUCCUCUGAUAGGCAACAUUCUACUGAGAAACAGAAAGACAAAGAGUCCAAAGAAAAGAAGAAGGACAAAGGAUUAUUAGCUGAGGGUGGGAAGGAGAAAAAAGAGAAAUGUUCCUUCGAAAAACACAAAGAGAAGAAGGACAAAGAGAGGAAAGAGAGGAGCUCAGUAGACUCUGCCCCAGAACGGAAGACCAAACAGAAGCUCCCAGAGAAAGCAGAAAAGAAGCAUGCGGGAGAAGAGAAGGCUAAAAACAGGCACAAGGAAAAGCUGGAGAAAGAGUACGCAAAGGAGAAGAGGUCUUCCAAAAGUGGGGAACCAGAGAAAAGCUUGCUGGAAAAACUGGAAGAAGAAGCCCUCAAUGAAUACAGAGAUGACUCCAAUGAUAAAAUAAGUGAGAUUUCUUCUGAUAGCUUCACAGAUCGAGGGCAGGAACCUAUGCUCACCAGUCUCUUUGAUUGUUCCAGCAUUUCUCUUGGAGAUGCUUCCGAGGAGAAAUGUAGAGAGCCUCUGCCUUGCUUGCCAGAUAAACUCAAAGAGCGGGAGAGGCAUAGACAUUCUUCCUCCUCCUCCAAGAAAAGCCACGAAAAGGACAAAGCCAAGAAAGGAGAGAAGAAGGACAAAGCAGAGGAGUUUAAGGACUCCAGCAGGAAGGAUUCUGCUCAGUAUGAGAGAGACUUCUCUCUGGACGGAGAAGGCUUUGGCAUUUCCUAUGGUAUGAAGACAGAGGCUGAGGACGAGCUGGACAAAAAUAUGGAGUACUUGUUUCCUGACAAGAAAGACAAAAAUGACUCUGAAAGAGAAUUUCCAAAGAAGGCAGAAAAAGACAAGGCAUAUGGCUCCAAUGUGGUCAGCACAGCCAAAGAGAAAAAGAAGAGGGACAGGCACAAAGAGAAAUGGAAGGAGGAGAGGGACAAACACAGGGACAAGCAUGCCGAAGGGUUCUUCAAGCACCACAAGGAGGAGCAGAAGUCUGCCAAAGACAAGGAGAGCCCUCAAGUGGUCACUCUUAAGGAAAAAUCAAAAGAGGAACCACCAAAAAUUAAUGAUCUCAAAAUGAAGGAGAGGCUCAAGGAAAAUCAAGAGAAGGACAAAGCAGAGUGUCUUAAAAUGAGCAAUGGAAAUGAUAAAAUAACCUUGUCCAAAGAGAGCAGCAAGAAAGACAUCAGACCCAGGGAGAAGCUUUUGGUGGACGGCGACUUGAUGAUGACGAGCUUUGAAAGGAUGCUGAGCCAGAAAGAUCUGGAGAUCGAAGAACGCCACAAGAGGCAUAAAGAGCGGAUGAAGCAGAUGGAGAAGAUGAGGCACAGAUCUGGGGACCCCAAACUGAAAGAUAAAGCCAAGGCCAAUGAGGACAUGCGCAAGAGGAGCUUGGAUCUGGCCCUGAAGAAGCCAGUGGCGCUUGACACUCAGCUGAAGGACAAGAAACUCAAAGAGCUGGGACCACUUGCUCCAGUAGUGUCUCCUGAGAACAAGACGCAACCGGCUGUUGGGGUGGUGGAUUCCAAGGACUGGAUAGCUGGUCCCCAGCUGAAGGAAAUCUUGCCUGCUUCUCCAAGGCCAGAUCAUAACCGACCAACAGGGGUUCCAACACCAGCAUCGGUCGUUUCUUGCCCAAGCUACGAAGAGGUGAUGCAGACACCAAGAACGCCAUCGUGCAGCACUGAAGAUUACACGGACUUGAUGUUUGACUGUGCUGACUCCCAGCAUUCACUGCCCAUAUCCACCAUGUCCAUGAAUGCUUGUUCUCCAUCCUUUUUUGACAGAUACGCCAAUCCUUCCAGUGGGUUCCCCGAGAACCCGAGUCAGACCCCAUCAAGGACCGUUCCCUCUACAAACCUUCACCGUUCAAUGUCUGUGGAUAUAAGAAGAGCACCGGAGGAAGAGUUCAGCAUUGGAGACAAAUUUUUCAGGCAGCAAAGUGUCCCAGCCACAUCUAAUUAUGACUCUCCCAUUCAGCACACGAUGGAAGAGAAAGUCCCUCUUCCCUCUGUCCCCACGGAAAAGUUCCCGUGUUUAUCUCCAGGGUAUUAUUCCCCUGACUAUGGAGCCCCAUCUCCUAAAGUGGAAGCAUUGCUCUGUGCUCCAGGAACUGUUGGCAACGUCAUCCAGUCCCCUGAAAGUGUCUUUUCUGGAUUGCAAGCCAAAUCCUCGCCUUCUCAUAGAGAUGAGCUGCUUGCCCCUUCUGUUGAAAGCGCUCUCCCGCCGGAUCUUGGCCUGCCUCUGGAUGCCACAGAAGAGCAGCAGGCAACCGCUUCUAUUAUGCCCCCGGAGUCCAGCUUUUUGCCGCCAGUUGAGGAGAACCCAUUUGGCUCUGGUAUUCCAGAACAGAACAGUGCUGAGUGGGACACCACUCCAACAAGAAACCUGGAUCCUCCUCUCCCCCCAGGUUUGAUGGGUGGUACUUCUGACCACCCUGUCAGCUGGUCAGUGGGAUCAGAACUCCACAUGAAAUCUCCCCAGCAGGCCCCUGAAUCCCCCAAGCCAUUCUGUUCUCCGGACACCUUGCACCCCACUCCAGUGCCCUUCACUUCUGCAGAAUCACCUUAUCCCGCCUCCCCCGUUUCAUACCCUCUGGCAGUGUCUGAGCCAGGGCUUGAGAAGGCAAAGGAGGACACUGAAGCAGAAAUCCCAAUAGAAAUGGUAGCCCCAGAACAGCAGGCUCCCUUUGCUGGGUCCCCUGCUCGACUGGACACGUUCUUUGAUAGUUGCAAGCCUGUCUCAGAAGAAGCAUCUGACAUGACUUUGCAAUCUGCUAACGUGCCUGCAGAAUCCCAAGUGGACGCUGCUAGUGCUCUGGAAAAAAAUUAUGUGGAGAACAGCACCACGGCCCCAGGGAAUGUUGAAGAACCAGUCACAUGGCCAGACCCGUUCGCAAAUUCGGAAGAUGACUUGGACCUUGGUCCUUUCUCUUUGCCAGAAUUGCCACUUCAAGCAAAAGAUGUUCCAGAGGCCGAAAUGGCUGAGGCAGUUGCCGAAGGCUCUUCAGGCACCCCAGAGACCAUCAGGGUUGGGCUUGUGGAUGGUGGAGGGGUGUCCAUGGGGUCUUUGGGUGAGCAGGAGGAGCAGAUUCCAACCCCAAAGAGCAUUUUGCCUGGGGAGGCAGAACCGCAAGCAGAUGAACAGAAGGGUGAAGGGGUUUUGCUGGAAGUUGUGCCUGAUGUACCAGCUACCCAAGAUGGGAAGAGUCUGCAAGAAUUGGAGACACCCCAAAAUCUUCCGGAGGCCACAUCGUCGGAUUUUGUCCUGUUGGAGAGCAAGCGGGUGGAAGGGGAUGAGGAAGGGCUGCCCCCAGCUACUCUUCCGUCGGACAGUGGUUCUCCGACCAGACGCACUGAGAGCGCGGGUGCUGAGGGUGGGGCUGCAGCAAAGAGUGCUGGGCUGGCUGAGACUCAGGCCGAAGCCACGGAGCCAGCGCCUAAGACAGUCCUUGAAGCCCCAAAGCCCCCCAAAAUAGAAGAGAUCCCCCAGCGCAUCACCAGGAACCGAGCCCAGAUGCUCGCAAAUCAGAGUAAGCAGAGUGCCGCAGCUGCUGAGAAAGAGUUCCCCCCAGCUUCUGCCCCUUCCACGCGGGCCAAAGGGCGCGUCACGGAGGAGGAGGACGCCCAGGCGCAGCACCCACGGAAGCGCCGGUUCCAGCGCUCAAACCAGCAGCUGCAGCAGCAGAUCAACACCUCCAGCCAGCAGACGCGCGAGAUGAUCCAGCAGACGCUGGCCGCCAUUGUGGACGCCAUCAAGCUGGAUGAUAUCGAGCCUUACCACAGCGACAGGUCCAACCCCUACUUCGAGUACCUGCAGAUCAGGAAGAAAAUUGAGGAGAAGCGGAAGAUCCUCUGCUACAUCACCCCCCAGGCGCCCCAGUGCUAUGCGGAGUACGUCACGUACACAGGCUCGUACCUGCUGGAUGGCAAACCUUUGAGCAAGCUGCACAUUCCAGUGAUUGCCCCUCCUCCGUCGUUGGCAGAACCCCUCAAGGAGCUGUUCAAGCAGCAAGAAGCCGUCCGUGGCAAACUGCGGCUCCAGCAUAGCAUUGAGCGGGAAAAGCUGAUUGUAUCCUGUGAACAGGAGAUUCUGAGGGUUCAUUGUCGGGCAGCACGGACAAUUGCAAACCAAGCAGUCCCCUUCAGCGCCUGCACCAUGCUGCUGGAUUCAGAAGUGUACAACAUGCCUCUGGAAAGUCAGGGAGAUGAGAAUAAAUCUGUCAGGGAUCGUUUCAAUGCUCGGCAGUUCAUUUCCUGGCUGCAGGAUGUGGAUGACAAGUAUGACCGGAUGAAGACAUGCCUGUUAAUGCGACAGCAACACGAAGCAGCGGCCUUGAAUGCCGUGCAGCGGAUGGAGUGGCAGCUGAAAGUCCAGGAGCUGGACCCUGCUGGGCACAAGUCGCUCUGCGUAAACGAGGUGCCCUCCUUCUACGUGCCCAUGGUGGACGUAAACGAUGACUUUGUGCUCCUGCCAGCAUGACAGUACCACACCUGGAGACAUUCGCACUGCAAACUGGCAUGGGCGGGUGCCCCCCAAGGACGGGUGCAGGCGCUCACAACCCCCCCAACCGCUUGCUGAUGAAUCCCUAGUCAGAAAAGGAGGAAGCAGAGACCCCACGAGAAGGCAGGCGGCGCUUUCUUCACAGUGUCUCCCAGCACACCAGGCAAAGGGAGCAAGCGGGAGACGGGAAGGCGCAGCUCCCCCCCCCUCCCACCGAGUCGCGGAAGGAAGGAAGCCUGCGCUGGACUGGAGGGACGAAGAGAGGCUGGCGGGAGCAGGAGCGGUUCUGGAACACUCUCCCGACGCUGCACCAGCUGCCUUGGGGGCAGCUGGCCAGUGCUGGUCGCACGCUCACGGUGACGGCAACGUCCGGCGCUUUGAUUUUUCCAUUUGGCUGCGGGUGGCUCUCCCCCCGGAGAAGCUGCAGGGUGAAA